UCCAGACGCUCGCGCGGGCAGGAGCGCGCAGGUGGACGCGCCGGCCGGCGGGCGCGGGUGGGCGCGGGGGCACCUCUCUCGCUUCCGCACCCUGGCCCUGCCGGAGCCCUCGCCGCGCUCCGGGACGCCGGCGCCGACCGCGCGGGCGCGCGCCGCGUUGCCGUGGAAACGCCGGGGCCGCCGCGGCGGCGCGCGGGGCGGGCUCUCAGGCUCUCGCGCCCCCGCGCACGCCCGGGCGUUGCGGAGCCCCUGGCGUUGGGCCCCAGAACGGGGUCUCCGACCGUGCGCGACGCAAGAUGUUGAGGCGCAGCUUGGAAAACCGGGAUGCUCAAACCAGACAACUGCAAGAUGCUGUCACAAAUGUGGAGAAGCACUUUGGAGAGCUGUGCCAAAUCUUUGCCGCUUAUGUGCGGAAAACUGCCAGACUGCGAGACAAAGCCGACCUCCUGGUGAAUGAAAUCAACGUGUAUGCCUCUACAGAGACCCCGAAGUUAAAGCAGGGCCUGAAAACCUUUGCUGACGAGUUUUCCAAACUUCAGGAUUAUCGACAAGCAGAGGUUGAAAGACUUGAAGCCAAAGUAGUUGAACCUUUGAAAGCUUAUGGAACCAUUGUAAAAAUGAAACGAGAUGACCUCAAAGCAACAUUAACAGCAAGGAAUCGAGAAGCUAAACAGUUAACUCAGUUAGAAAGAACACGCCAGAGAAACCCAUCUGAUCGACAUGUUAUUUCACAGGCAGAAACUGAAUUACAAAGGGCCACAAUGGAUGCUGCUCGAACAACUCGCCAUCUGGAGGAGACUAUUGACAGCUUUGAAAAGCAGAAAAUAAAGGAUAUAAAGACUAUAUUUUCAGAAUUUAUCACUAUCGAAAUGUUAUUUCACGGCAAAGCUUUAGAGGUCUACACUGCUGCCUACCAAAAUAUACAAAAGAUUGAUGAAGAAGAAGAUUUAGAGGUUUUCCGAAAUUCUCUGUAUCCACCAGAUUAUUCAUCCCGUUUAGAUAUCGUAAGAGCAAAUUCAAAGUCACCUCUUCAGAGAUCACUGUCAGCUAAGUGUGUAUCUGGAACAGGACAGGUAUCCACCUGUCGACUAAGAAAGGAUCAACAAAUAGAAGAUGAUGAUGAAGAGGAUGAAGACUUAGAUGUUACAGAAGAAGAAAAUUAAAUUUCUUAAGUAAACUUUGCAUUUCCAUUUUCAUCUUAAAUGACUUGGAAUCCAUAAAGACUAAAACUGUAAAACUUUAUACUGGCUUGAAAUGAAAUGAAAUGAAAUCCUACUGGAAAUGGAGAGAGAAAUUAUUAAAGGAAAUUUAUGCUGACCAAAAAUGAAGGUUUUAAAAAAUAUUACACACCAGUCAUUUCAACAUUCUGUCUAGCAGCAUGUGAUCUUUUUGUAUAGGUUCCAUUUUUUAAAAAAGAUUGUAUAUUUCAGAAGUAUUUCAUAUUAAUGCACUAUACCUAGUCGAGGUUACACUAGUUAAAUAGAUAACAACAAAAAAAAAAAAUCUAACAAUUCCACUUGCUUCCUUUAGGUUAAGACACCAUGCUUUCAAUACCAGAAAAGGGUCCUAGAUAGUCAUUCUGAUGAAAUACAAAUUCUGUUCCAUAAAGCUUUAAUCAAAAAGACAAGUUUUCUUUUUUUACUUUUUUUUCACUUCUAUUACAACCUGAAGUUUCAUCAUUCGAUAUAUAAAUUUACUUUUCAACGAGAGUAUUAUAGUCACUCUUAACAAUAAUAGGACACUAGGAUAUUGGUGUUUUACAACUAUACAUAAAGCAUAAAUUUUACCUUUAGAAAGCUACGUUCAGCUUGAUUCUGGUUUUAAAAUGAAGCCACUGUCAUACUAAAGCGCUACAUAUGGCACUACAACUUUUGCAAAGCUAUGAUUUGGUGGAAUGUUGCCCUAAAAAACAUCAUGGAAAACCAUAAAUCAGUAAAAAUUCUAUAAAACUUUUACCAAAUUACCAUCUAGUCAAUAAAAGAGUGUACAGUCACUCUUAUUCCUGAAAAUAUAAAACAAUUUAAUCAAAGCCUUUCAGUAUGUCUGAUGCUUUUAUUCUUUGGAUGGGGAAUUGUACUUCUGUUAUUUCAUAGAUCCCAGUCAGGCAUAUAAAAAUUAGGAAAUGAUCAUUUGGGAUUACCACAAAAAGAUAACAGAAAAAUAAAGACUUUCCAGAAAGCUUUUUUGACUUUGUUAUUCAUGGUUCUGUUCUUAACAAAGCACUGCUUCAUGAAAAUAGCCCUAAGUGAUAAAUUUACUUAGUUUUUAAGUAAAAUAUUCAGAACAUUUUAAAAUCCUAAAUAAUCUAAUAUUCUUAAAAAAUGGAGGAUAUCAUUGCAUUUUUAUUUUCUCUAUUUAAUCUUGGUAUUUGUAGCUGGGAGAAAAAAAACACAGUUCUAAUAUUGCUCUUGCUGCUUAUGAUAGCAAUUCACUUCUCUUGAGCAUCAGUUGCCCUAUUUGUAAAGUUAAAAUAGUGCCUGAUAAAUAAAGCAAUCAGCAAAUAAUUCUGAUAUAAAACGUAUGCUUUGGCUACUUCAAAAAAAUAUUCUAAGGACAAAAGGAAUAUUAUACAGAAUACUUUCGAUGUAAAAUUAAAUUUUAGACCAGACGUAGGUUGGCAAACUCCUUAAAGGGUUACACAGUAAAUAUUUUUACAAUUUGUGAGCUGAGAGACAAAAUCAAUGCCAUUACAUAGGUACUUAUGUAACCCUACUUAAAAAUGUAAAAACCUCUUCUGGCUUUCUUAUAAAAA